AUGAGCCAGGAGUUCAGCUCCCCCUACACCCCCAUCGGACACCCCCAUCAGACACCCCCAUCGGACACCACUACCGGACACCCCCAUCGGACACCCCUACCGGACACCCCCAUCAGAAACCCUCAUCAGACAACCCUACAGGACACCCCCAUCAGACACCCCUACCGGACACCCCUACCAGACACCCCCACCGGACACCCCCAUCGGACACCCCUGUCAGACAACCCCAUCAGACACCCCUACCGGACACCCCCAUCGGACAACCCCAUCAGACACCCCCAUCAGACACCCCUACCGGACACCCCAUCAGACACCCACAUCAGAUACCCCAUACCGGACACCCCCAUCAGACACCCCCACCGGACACCCCUACCGGACACCCGCACCGGACACCCCCAUCGGACAUCCCUGUCAGACACCCUACCGGACACCCCUACCGGACACCCCCAUCAGACACCCCUACCGGACACCCCCAUCGGACACCCCCAUCAGACACACCUACCGGACACCCCCAUCAGACACCCCCACCGGACACCCCUACCGGACACCCGCACCGGACACCCCCAUCGGACACCCCUGUCAGACAGCCCCAUCAGACACCCCUACCGGACACCCCCAUCAGACACCCCCAUCAGACACCCCCACCGGACACCCCUACCGGACACCCCCAUCGGACACCCCUACCGCACACCCCCAUCAGACACCCACAUCAGAUACCCCUACCGGACACCCCCAUCAGACACCCCCACCGGACACCCCUACCGGAUACCCGCACCGGACACCCCCAUCGGACAUCCCUGUCAGACACCCUACCGGACACCCCUACCGGACACCCCCAUCAGACACCCCUACCAGACACCCCCAUCGGACACCCCCAUCAGACACACCUACCGGACACCCCCAUCAGACACCCCCAACGGACACCCCCAUCAGACACCCCUACCGGAUACUCCCAUCAGACACCCCCAUCACUACAGACCGUACCAGGGGUCAUCAUCAGAAACGGCACGAUACUGA